AUGUCAAAAGAUAAUAUUAUGAAAGAUCAUACUGGUUGGUUAGAGCAAGCAAUUGUCAAUGGACUUAUAAAAUUGUAUGAAUUCUCGGAUUUACAAAAUGAAAAACAUAUAGGGAGGGGUUCGUAUGGAGAUGUUUAUCGUGUUAUUUGGAAAAAGCGUAUUUUCGCUUUGAAAUCUUUUAAAAAUCAAGAAUUCAUCAAAGAAAUAGUGGAAGAAUUGAAACUACAUUGGAAAGUUAAUAAUCAUGAAAAUAUUAUACGGUUAUGUGGAGUCACAUAUUGUUGGAAAUAUGAACCAUUCGAACGUCCAAUUAUACAAAAGGUUGUUUCAUCUCUUGAAGAAUUAAUUUCUCCCAAUCAAAAUAAUACAUUUAUUGACAAUAUUUAUGAAAAUGAAUUUAAUAGUAAUGAAUCUAAAUUAAGCAAAGUAACCAAAUCUUAUGAUUCUAUAUGUAACUGA